GCCGGUUGGAGGCGGCCGAACCGCAGUGGAGAGAGACCUAGGCGUCCAGACGCGGCGGAGCUUGCGGCGCGGGCGGCCUCUACCCCCUGCGCGCCUCCCGACGGUCCGCCCUAGGUUUUUCUGCGUAGCGACUUGGGUGUCAUUUCUCCUUUGCUUCUCCUAGGAGUGGCAAUCCCGGCAGCAACAGCUCAGAAGCGGACGCAGUUCCCUCGUCGGCGAUUUCAGUGCCAGCACCCCGACCUUUAGGAGGCGGGAUGUCUGUGGUUGGCAUUGACCUCGGGUUUCUCAACUGCUACAUCGCCGUAGCGAGGAGCGGCGGCAUUGAGACCAUCGCCAAUGAGUACAGCGACAGGUGUACCCCGGCCUGUAUAUCUUUGGGAUCAAGAACUCGAGCCAUUGGAAAUGCAGCUAAAAGUCAGAUAGUCACAAACGUGAGAAAUACAAUUCAUGGCUUCAAAAAGCUUCAUGGACGAUCAUUUGAUGAUCCCAUUGUGCAAACUGAAAGGAUCAGACUUCCUUAUGAGUUGCAGAAGAUGCCUAAUGGAAGUGCAGGAGUUAAGGUGCGGUACCUAGAAGAAGAGAGACCAUUUGCAAUUGAACAAGUCACUGGAAUGCUAUUAGCUAAGCUUAAAGAGACUUCAGAAAAUGCUUUAAAGAAACCAGUGGCAGACUGUGUGAUUUCAAUUCCUAGUUUCUUUACUGAUGCUGAGAGAAGAUCUGUGAUGGCUGCAGCCCAAGUUGCAGGGUUAAAUUGCUUAAGGCUGAUGAAUGAAACUACUGCAGUUGCUCUAGCAUAUGGAAUUUAUAAGCAGGAUCUUCCCUCAUUAGAUGAGAAACCAAGAAAUGUGGUAUUUAUUGAUAUGGGACAUUCUGCCUAUCAAGUCUCGGUUUGUGCUUUUAACAAAGGGAAACUUAAAGUCUUGGCUACUACCUUUGAUCCGUAUUUGGGAGGCAGGAAUUUUGAUGAAGCUUUAGUAGACUACUUCUGUGAUGAAUUCAAGACCAAAUAUAAGAUUAAUGUGAAAGAAAACUCUCGGGCCUUGUUACGUUUAUACCAGGAAUGUGAAAAAUUAAAGAAGCUAAUGAGUGCAAAUGCAUCAGAUCUUCCACUGAAUAUUGAGUGCUUCAUGAAUGACCUUGAUGUUUCUAGUAAAAUGAACAGGUCUCAGUUUGAACAGUUAUGUGCUUCCCUCUUGGCCAGGGUUGAACCACCUUUAAAAGGAGUAAUGGAGCAGGCUAACUUACAACGUGAAGAUAUAAAUAGUAUAGAAAUUGUGGGAGGAGCAACAAGAAUCCCUGCAGUGAAGGAGCAAAUCACUAAAUUCUUUCUCAAAGACAUCAGCACCACAUUAAAUGCCGAUGAAGCUGUUGCAAGAGGAUGUGCAUUACAGUGUGCGAUUCUCUCACCAGCAUUUAAAGUGCGUGAAUUUUCCAUAACAGACAUUGUCCCUUAUUCAAUCACACUAAGAUGGAAGACCUGUUUUGAAGAUGGAACUGGGGAAUGUGAAGUGUUCUGCAAGAACCAUCCUGCCCCAUUCUCAAAAGUCAUUACUUUCCACAAGAAAGAACCAUUUGAGCUAGAAGCAUUUUAUACAAAUUUGCAUGAAGUGCCUUAUCCUGAUCCAAGAAUUGGGAGCUUCACUAUUCAGAAUGUUUAUCCGCAGUCUGAUGGUGAUAGUUCCAAAGUAAAAGUUAAAGUUCGUGUCAACAUCCAUGGAAUCUUCAGUGUGGCUAGUGCAUCUGUCAUUGAAAAACAGAACUUGGAAGGAGAUCACAGUGAUGCUCCUAUGGAGACUGAAGCAUCAUUUAAGAAUGAAAACAAAGAUGAUGUGGAUAAAAUGCAGGUUGACCAAGAAGAAGGAAGUCAUCAGAAAUGCCAUGCUGAGCAUACCCCAGAAGAGGAAAUUGAUCAUACAGGAGCCAAAACAAAGUUAGCUCCAUCAGACAAACCAGACCGAUUAAAUCAAAAUAUUAAAAAAGCAAAAGUCAAGAGUAUUGACCUUCCUAUUCAGAGCAGCUUGUGUAGACAACUGGGCCAAGAUCUUCUCAAUAGCUACAUUGAAAACGAGGGGAAGAUGAUAAUGCAGGAUAAGUUAGAGAAAGAAAGAAAUGAUGCUAAGAAUGCUGUUGAAGAAUAUGUAUACGACUUUAGAGACAAGCUGGGCACUGUCUAUGAAAAAUUCAUCACUCCAGAAGACAUGAAUAAACUAUCUGCAAUAUUGGAAGAUACAGAAAAUUGGCUUUAUGAAGAAGGAGAAGACCAACCUAAACAAGUAUAUGUGGAUAAACUUCAAGAACUAAAGAAAUAUGGCCAGCCUAUUCAAAUGAGGUACAUGGAACAUGAAGAAAGACCAAAAGCUUUAAAUGACUUGGGAAAAAAGAUUCAACUCGUCAUGAAAGUGAUAGAAGCAUACAGAAACAAGGAUGAAAGAUAUGAUCAUUUGGAUCCUGCUGAAGUGGACAAAGUUGAAAAAUAUAUCAGUGAUGCCAUGAGUUGGCUGAAUAGUAAGAUGAAUGCACAGAACAAAUUAAGUCUUACUCAAGAUCCUGUGGUAAAAGUUUCAGAAAUAGUUGCAAAAUCAAAGGAACUGGAUAAUUUCUGUAACCCCAUCAUUUACAAGCCCAAACCGAAAGUAGAGGUUGCUGAGGACAAAGCGAAAGCUAAUAGUGAACACAAUGGACCAAUGGAUGGACAGAGUGGAACUGAUCCUAAGCCAGAGGCAACUAAAGAUAGCACACAGCAUGCUAAGUCUUCUGGGGACAUGGAAGUGGACUAAGUCUUCAUUUUACCUUUACUUUACAAAUAGUGCAAGUAACCCCAGGGUCCAUUCUUUUACAUCUGGUACACACAAUAGUUGUUCAAUUGUUCUUAAUCACUUUGUCAUUUGGUUUUUGGAGUAGUUUUGAAAAGUGUUUUUUAUUGAGUGCACUUCUGUUCAUUUCUAUGGCUGCUUAUGUGACGCUUUAGCCACAUUUAGAUUUAUAAAUCCACUUAAGAUUUCCUGGUAUAUUUCACAUCAAACAUGCAAGUUUGAAAUGUAAUUGGCAACAAUCUGAUUUAUUUAAAACCUCUACUUGGAUAAAAACUUCAUUCCUUUAUUUAGGAAAGACUACCCUAUUGCACUGUUGUUGCACAAGUGUAGAUUUAGUUGCAUCGUUACUUUGAAAGAAAUUCAAACUGAUGUGGUUUCUGAAAAGCCACUGAGGCACUGAUUUUUUUCUAGUUAUUGUUUAAAUAUUAAAUAAGAGGUUCCUCCACAAUUUAGUGCAUCUCAUUGAUGUGCCAUGAGAACUCCAAAGCUCUGCUGUCAUCACAUAAAUGAACGAAAUCACACACUAAAAGAUAAAAAUGAACAAUUUUAUGUGAAGGUGACACCAGCAGUUUGCUGCUUUUAUUGGUAAUAUGGAUUGAUUUUUUAGAGAUAUGUAUUUUGUUGCAUGAAACUUUUGAUUCUAAAGACCAGCUGCUGCUAAAAUAAUGCUAACCUAAAAGUACAGACAACUUCUGAUGAGAUUAAUUUUUAAAGGGAAAUGCUGUCAACCUACUCAAUAAUAUGUCUGCAAUACUGAUAGCCUCAGUUUAAAUAUUUGCCUAUCUCUUGAUUUUAAUACCUUAACAUGAGUAUGGAGAAAUGACACAAUGUAUGCAUUAUACAUAUAUAUACACAUACAUAUAGACAUGUGUGUAUCUAUUUAUAUGCAUGCAUACAUGUUUAUGUAUACAUAAGUACACAUGUGUGCAUAAGUAUGUUUGUAUGUAGUAUUUAUUGUUUCUUACAAUUUAGAAAAACACUAUGAAAUGGUAAUACUUGAAAAGGAGCAGUUAUACCAGUCUUAGGAAUUAGUGCUUAUAAUAAGUUUAACUAUAUUACACAGCAAUAGGUGAACUAUAGAAUGUUAUAUAGUAUGAUUGAUGUGAUUAAAUUAUAGUUCCUGCUGUUAGUCACCUUUUGAAAAUCUGGCCCCAAUAGGGGUGCAUCUUCAGAAUGUAAGUUAAGUGUGUGAAGAGACAGUAAGAGUAAGAUACACUAAGAGCCUAAUCUGUGCUCCAUCACCAGGUUUGUUCACAUCUGUCCAAAGACUUGAGACUGUUCAGGUAUGGGAACAGACUGAGUGACAUUUCAGCUUACAGGAGAACGAAGCAUAGGCAAAUGCACGAGCCCUUCUGUUAAUGCCAAUCAGCUAGAUUGACUUCAGUUAAAAUUUGAAAGGCUCCUUUCUCCCCUCAAAGCUAAAUCUUAAGAAUACUAACUUUUCUUUAGUAAAAAGUGAGAAUGUAAUAUCUUUAGGGAUAGUCAAUAUUUCUUACAACUAGUUCUCUAAGAGAGAUUUUGUUUCUACAAUGUAGUCUGCACUGAAAGGAGAAUAUGGAGGAGUGUAUUUUGCAGGGAUUUUUAUUCAUACUUUUCUGGGGGUAAGAUAUUUCUUUUUGCAUUAAAAAAUCAUAUAGACUAAUUUUAAGAAUAUCUACUAUUCUUUAAGUUAGGCUUUGCUUAGUAUUAGAAAUCUGUAAACGAAGUAAUUAUCUCCAAUAAGUGAUGAAAUACAUUUCUUAAA